GGAGAAUCCCCCACAAAAUUCAAACAAACAAAAACUAAUUCAAUUUUAGCAACGUUUUUUCACGUUUUGAUAUAACAACUUCCAAAAGAACGGAUGUCCACCAACUAUAACUUACCGGUCAAAUCGGCCACAGCACGGGAAGGCCGAGAUAACCAACGGUAUAAUGCCGAGACUGGGGCUCGGAUGGUUGCCGGAUGUAUAUGUCUCAAUGGUAGUAAAGAUAAGGUAAUAAUGAUUCUGUCGAGUGCCCAUCCUGGGAAAUGGGUUCUUCCCAAGGGAGGAAUUGAGAUGGAUGAGGGAGAGGACUUUGUUAUCAGUGCAGUUCGAGAAACAUGGGAAGAGGCUGGGUGUGAAGGUAAGAUUAUAAAGAAGUUACCGGUAGUUUUGGAUUCUAGAGGAGGUAAAGCACCGGUGAUUCAGGAAGAUUUUGAUCCGUUGAAAGUUGUUCCCAAGAGCGAGUUUCAUUUUUAUGAAAUGGUGAUUGACCAAUUGAGUAAUGAAUGGCCAGAGUCUAGUAAGCGAGACAGAAGAUGGUGUACUUAUUCUGAAGCAAGACAUGAAUUGAUAAAACUGAAGCGACCUGAAUUGGUUGAGGCUUUAAAUCUGUCAUCAAUAGAGAAGGAUAACCUGGAUACGUAUUGAAUUAUAUAUAUAUAUAUAUAUAUAUAUU